AUUACAAUGACCCUGUUUGGAUAUUCAAUAAAUCACACACUUGGCUGUUUGACGGAUGUUCGGUCUCUAUAGAGCAACAAUUUUUCUAUGCAUAUUAUUUUUGUUCCAAACUUACUCACAACGUAUUCAGGUAAUAUAUGAGGGACAGAAUGUUGCAUUUUAUUGUAAUGCUACCGGUGGCUCCAAAAAUGAUUACAUACACUACCAAUGGGAGGUAAAUAAUCGUGAUCUAAUAGCCACUGAUGCCUACUUUCAUAUAAGAGGCAUCCAGAAAAGUGAUGAGGGUGAGUAUAAAUGCAUCGCUACUCAAUAUAUAAAUGGGACUCCUAUCGUCGCAACUGAAUCCACAUUUAUCAGUGUUCGCAAAGCUGAUUCCAUCAUAACUCAAGAUGUCGAAGAAGGAAUUUUGGUUCGAAUUUUAUGCAAUGUAAGUAGUGAUGAGAAACCUGAUGGUGCUGGUCCAUUUCGAUACGAAUGGCGUAAUCCAAAUGGUACAUUAGUUGGAACUCAAUGGAAAUUAGAAUUGGGCCACAUCAAAGUACAUGAAUCAGGCAUAUAUGUCUGCCGUGUUUCAUAUGAAUUUGACAAAAGACAAAUGUCCACCAGUUCAGCAACAAAAAUAAAUGUUAUUCCACGUGCCGGUGUAAUAUUUCCAGGAAUUCGUGGAAACGUAUUAGAAGUUUUAGAAACAGGUGAUAUUUUGCAAGAAUGUCAAGUGGUCAGUGCGAAGCCAUCUCAGUAUAACUUUCAAUGGUUUGGUCCAGAUGGUCGUUUAAUAUCUAAUUCCGCAUUUCUUCAAAGAGACUAUAUAACAAGACAACGAGAUGAAGGUAUUUACCGAUGUGUGGCUAGUCCAGUUGAAGAAGGAAGAUUACAAGUUGAGAAUAACCUAAUUGUAACAACAGCACCACUACGUUUCCAGAUCACAACAAUAGAGGAGGACUUGAAUAUUGGAGGUUUUACACAUCGCCGUAUAGUACCAGUUGAUCCAUCUAAACCAAAUCUUACUACUCGUGAAACUUUUAUAUACCAGUGGCUAGACACAGAAAUGAAUCCGAUUCUUGAUUCGAUGGGGCCAGAUUUACGUAUCAAGUUUCAAAGUCCUUCAGAUUUUGGACGGUAUUCAGUUCGUAUCACUGGAUUGAAUUCUGGCUAUCAGAGAGAUCUGAGUACUUAUAUUACUAUGGAUGGUCGAAAUGGUGAAGUAGAACCAACUUAUUCUGUUGUAAUUCGAGAAAUUUCUGGUCCUCUUUAUUUAAAUGCACGAUUAGAAUUGGAGUGUUCUCCAAGACCACCAAAUUCAGCUGCUAGAAUUAAUUGGCUUGGUCCAGAUGGAAUGGUGGUUUCUGAUUCUAGUAAUAUAGUAUUUGAACGUUUCCAACCUCAUCAUCAAGGUAGAUACACAUGCCAAAUCUUACUACCGAAUCAAAUUAUUUUACGUCAAAGUGUAGAAUUGGUUGUUUCCGGGACAUCGACAGAAAUUCCAGAACCUGAUAGACUCUAUACAAUUCGAAUUAUUCAAUCACCUACGUAUUUCAGAUAUAAUGAUGCUGUACACCUACAAUGCAUUGUUUCUCCUACACCCCCAUUAGUAUCAUAUGAGUGGUUUAAAGAUGGCGUGCUUAUUGGACGACAAGCAGAUAUCCAUAUACAGAGAUUUAGCCCAGAUGAUGUUGGUCGGUAUCAGUGUGUUGCCCGAUUUGACAGUAUGGUGCUUACCUUUAACAGUACAAUAUCUAUUGACGAUGGUACAGGAGUGGAUUUAAUAAUGCGACCUAAUAUCAUAUAUAUCCCAGCAUUUCAUCCAUUUGAAAUUGAAUGUUUAUCUAUACGUACCGGUUUAUCACCUAUUGCCAUAUUUGGUAAUGGUGCACCUAUUGAAUCAGAUAAUCGAUUUACAAUUAUAAAACCAAAUGAACAACGAUUAAUUAUAAAAGCUACAGAUGGUUUAUCAAGUGUUUAUAAUGGUUUACGUAUUCGUUGUAUGUUACCAGGACUCAAUUAUAAAGAAGUUACAUUAUACAUAAUGGAUAUUUGUACUGCUAGUCAAUCACAAUGUAGAACUCGACAAUGUAUUCAAACCUCUUCAAUAUGUGAUGGUAAAGCUGACUGUCUUGAUAAGUCAGAUGAGGGUAGCAGUUUUUGCAAUGCUGGACUUACUGUGAUUCCAACUCGUAUUGUAGUUAAACCAUCAGAACCUUUUUCACUUAAAUGUCAAACUAUUUUACCAGGGACCAGAAUGCCACAUGCACGUUUCGUACAUAGUGGUCAAGAUGUGGAGUCCGAUCCUCGAUUUAUCAUUGAGAGAUCUCCAGGUAUUUUGCUUAUUAAGGCACCAUAUGGACUCUCAGUAGAAGCCAAUGAUACAAGAAUUGAAUGUUACUUUCCCGAUGAAAGCCCUAGAACUGCAAUAAUCAAUGUAGUUACAGAUCGAUGUGGAUUAGGAUACUUCAUGUGUUAUGACGGAAAUUGUAUACAACAAUCUCAGAGAUGUGACGGGCAAACUCAAUGUCCCGAUGGAUCUGAUGAAAUUAAUUGUGUUUGCCAACCACCUAGCAUUCUUUGUUCUUCGGGUGAGUGUAUUACUCCUGAAAUGCGAUGUGACGGUACACAACAUUGUCGAGACGGCACAGAUGAAAUUGGUUGCCCUCCUCGUUGUCGUCCUGGUCAAUAUCAGUGUUCUUCUGGUGAAUGCAUUGAACAACAAAUGAGGUGUGAUGGUCGACAAGAUUGUCGGGACGCUUCAGAUGAGACUGGUUGCCCUCCUCGUUGUCGUCCUGGUCAAUAUCAGUGUUCUUCUGGUGAAUGCAUUGAACAACAAAUGAGGUGUGAUGGUCGACAAGAUUGUCGGGACGCUUCAGAUGAGACUGGUUGCCCUCCUCGUUGUCGUCCUGGUCAAUAUCAGUGUUCUUCUGGUGAAUGCAUUGAACAACAAAUGAGGUGUGAUGGUCGACAAGAUUGUCGGGACGCUUCAGAUGAGACUGGUUGCCCUCCUCGUUGUCGUCCUGGUCAAUAUCAGUGUUCUUCUGGUGAAUGCAUUGAACAACAAAUGAGGUGUGAUGGUCGACAAGAUUGUCGGGACGCUUCAGAUGAGACUGGUUGCCCUCCUCGUUGUCGUCCUGGUCAAUAUCAGUGUUCUUCUGGUGAAUGCAUUGAACAACAAAUGAGGUGUGAUGGUCGACAAGAUUGUCGGGACGCUUCAGAUGAGACUGGUUGCCGAGAACGAGUAAACGUUCGUGUAGUGCCAGAUAUCAUUCAUACACAGCCGUACGAAAAAUGGAAGUUUGAAUGCUCUGUGAUAGGUGCAGAUGUAGAACCAAUAGUUAAAUUCCAAGAUGGUAGACUUGUCGAAUCAGAUCCUAACUUUCGAGUUACUCGCAUUGAUCCCAACACUGUCAGCGUUGAAGCGAUUCAUGGCUUAACGGAAAAAAAGGAGCGUCUUAGCUUCAUAUGUACAUUCCCUGGUGGUCCAGAGGAGGAGAUAGAUGUCUAUGUUCGACGACGAUGUCCUCAUGGUGAAUUCAUGUGUAAAGAUGGAACAUGUCGUCCAGAAAGUGAUUUUUGUAACGGUCAAGUUAAUUGUCCUGAUGGUUCAGAUGAACGACCUCCAUAUUGUAAGGAAACUAUACAAGUGGAAGUUAAACCAAGCAUUAUUCAUGUUCAACCGUAUAGACGUUUUGAAUUUGAAUGUAUUUCUUAUGUUCCUGGGAUAAAACCAGAAGCUCGAUUACCUAGUGGUAUACUUGUAAGUCAAGAUCCACGUUUUAAUGUGGUAUAUCUUUCACCAAAUCAUCUUCAAGUAAAUGCAAUAUAUGGUUUAACAGAUAGAGAUCAUCCAUUCCAGAUUUAUUGUAUAUUUCCUGGAUUAGAAAAUAGAACUGCUGUAAUAGAAAUUGAAAGACCUUGUCCAAGUGGACAGUUUCAAUGUAUGGAUGGACGAUGUUUACCAUCUAAUGUAUUUUGUGAUGGUAAAUCGGAUUGUUCAGAUAGUUCAGAUGAAAAUGAACGAUACUGUGCUGUAAACAUCAGAGUGACACCAGGUUCGAUUCGUGUAGUCCCAUAUCAACGUUUCCAAUUCGAAUGUUCAACGUCAAUCCCAGGCGUAUCUCCUCAAGUAACGUUUGAUGAGCGUUCAGUAGAAAGAGAUAAUCGUUUUGUUGUUACUCGUCCAAGUCUUCAAACUAUAGUAGUGACAGCGCCAACUGGUUUAUCAGAAAUUGGUGCACACAAAUUUAAAUGUAUUGUAUCCGUAAAUAUUGUUAAAGAAGUUGAUGUAGAAAUCGUAAGUGAAUGUCCACCUGGGCAAUUAAAAUGUAGAUCUGGUGAAUGCUUGCCAAGAGCAGUAUUUUGUGAUGGGAAGUAUGAUUGUCCAGAUAGAUCAGAUGAAGAUCCAAGAUCAUGUGUUCCUACAAUUAUUAUUACUCCAACAACAAUCUUAACAAGACCACAUGAAUCUUUCCAAUUUGAAUGUAAAUCAGUUAUGCCAGGUGGUGAACCAAAAAUUACACUUGAAGGUUAUCCAAUUGAAAAUGAUCCCAGAUUUACAAUUGAACGUCCAAGCCGUGAACAUGUUAUUGUUCGAGCAGAAAAUGGUAUUGCUGAUCCUGGAAAAUAUUCUUUCACUUGUACCGUAGUAAGUACAGCUAGUAAGACAAUCGUGGUACAAGUUGAAUCAGUAUGUCCACCUGGUUAUUCUAAGUGUAAAGAUGGAAUGUGUAUCCCGGACAACCAGUUUUGUGAUGGAAUAAUUCAUUGUCGAGAUGGCUCUGAUGAAGAUAAGUUACGGUGCCCUGAAGUGGCUGUUGAUGUACGAGUUCACUUUACUCCUGGUGAACUACGAAUUCAGCCUGGUCGAGCAUUCCGUUUGGAAUGUGUGACGGACAAACCGGGCACAUCUCCAGUUUUACAGUUUCUUGAUGGGAGACCAAUAACAAGUGACCCAAGAUUUGUGGUUUCUAGGCCAUCAACUGAACGUGCCAUCAUAGACGUUCCUGGAGGCCUUGAUGCUAGAGACAGACAGAUCAUAAUCGAAUGUGUAUCUCCCAGUGGUGAAAGAAAAACAUCAACCAUCUUCAUCGAACUAGGUUGUCAACCAGGACAAAGACGAUGUCCAAGUGGGCAGUGUAUAUUUGUUGGUCAAUUCUGUGAUGGAAAACCUGACUGCGAUGAUGGAUUUGAUGAGAAACCUGAAAACUGUGAGUAUUGUGAUCCAAUAACAAAACCAUGCGAAGUUGUAAAUGGUAAACCACCGAAGGAAAAAACCUAUGAACUACAUUGGAGGUGUGAUGGCGAAGAUGAUUGUGGAAAUCGGUUUGAUGAACAAAAUUGUCUAAAUGACACUCGUGUACCAGAUAAAGAGUGUGGCGCUACUCAUUUCAGAUGUGGUACUGAACCAUAUCAGUAUAUACCGUUUGCAUACUGGUGCGAUGGAGGUCGUGAUUGUCGAGGUGGUGAAGAUGAAGCUGAUUGUUCCCCACCUACCAUAAUUCAAACUCAACGUCAAGAAACUCAUAGAGUUCGUCCUGGUGGUAGACUGAUUUUAGAAUGUGAAGCAUCCGGUGUCCCACCACCUAUGAUUAUUUGGCGUUUCAAUUGGAGAUGCCUUCGUGAUGAAACACGAAUGAGGACCCAAGCUGUGCCAAGUUCGCUUGGAUGUAAGGGUUCAAAAAGUCGUCUAACAAUCGAAAACUUCAGGGAAGGUGACGAUGGGAUUUAUAAUUGUGAAGCACUGACAUCGAAAGAAAGAGCUAUGUCACAGGAUAUAUUUGUUUUUCUAUCUCCUUAGUUAUGUUUUCAUUUUCACAUGUUAUUAUGAAAUAUCAAGUUGAAUGAAUAGUUAUAUUAUCGUUUUAUCAUAUAUUUUUAAUUUAAUUCUUUGUGUCAAAAUAGCAAUGUUCUGAAUUUCACAAUAGUAUAUCUUUCAAUCAUCUUACAAACAAUGUAUUAAUUUUGCCGUUCGAAAUUCUAAUUCCCAAGUUAUACAUUAUUCUGUUAUAUCAAAUUUCUAAAUAUAAUGCUUAUUUG